AUGUACCAGAGUCUGCACAAUGCUAGUUCCGGCUCCUAUCCCAGCUCUUCUUACUACCAGCCUGUGUUCAGAGCUCAGACUCACACUCCAACAUCAGCCUAUCAGGGUCGUGCUGAAAGCGCCCGGUACGCACCCUUCUCUGGACACCAGCUUACCAAAGACUGCUUCAGCAGCAGCUGCGCCGUGUCUCCCUACAGCUCAAGAGUUGCAGCGACUGGAUAUGCAGCCUCAGGUGACCCUGUGAUGGAUACCGAGGGCGUACAGCUGCUGGACUCCACAGCGUACAGCUUUGGAGGAAGUGCUUCCAGUGGAGAUGGAUGUUCAGGUCCAGUUUGCAGCUCGGGGCACAAUGGAUAUUACAGCAGCAGCGGGUAUGUGGACACUCAGAGGAUGGGCACGUUUAUCGAUCAGCAUGUGUCAGUUAUCAGCAGCGUGAGCAGCAUUCGCUCCGUUUCGGCCUAUGCUGAAGUACACGACCCUCUCAACAUCCUGGACGACACGAGCAGGAAGACAACAAGACCCUACUACACUGACCUGUCUGCAAUGGGCGCACACACAGCAGAAGAAAGAAACUCAUACAGGUAUGGAGCAAGUGGAGGACCCUUUGCCUCACUGGCCUGUGUCAGCGUCUCUUUUGUGAGGACGUCCCAUGUCUCUAUGGCAGCCCAGAUGAGGUUCAGUAAAGGCAAGACAUGUGAUGUCUGGGCGAAUAUGGCCAGAAAGGCUCCUCAUGCUGGCGACAUCCUUUUCAUCCCCUCGUCUGCCCUGCCUUUUGUCCCGCCUGGCUCACCUACAGCAAACGCACUAUAUGAGCAUUCAAUUAAAGUCUUUGGAGGAGGCAGAAAAAUGCUGGUGAGGAGACGAGCAAGAAAAACAGGCCUUUUCUUCCAGGAGGACAUUGAAAAGGCUUGA